AUGUCUUACGCGUCGCACAAUUCCAACAUGACGACCGUUUCGGAAGCAGGUUAUGAUCUACUGCCCAUCCAACUCGAGCUGAUCGAGGUGAUCAAAGCUUUGACCAAUGACAUUGAGUCCACGCCAAUCGACAGCUGGACCUUGGGCUUGGCUCAAGCUCGUUACGAGCUUCUGGAGAACUACUGGGCGGACUUCCAAUCGAAUCACCAGCGCUGCUUUGCACCUCUCGAGGACGGGGAGCGUUAUGACAGAGCUAUUGUGUAUGCCGGCGUUCAAGAGCGAUACACGCGCGCAAAGGGCGUGCUGUAUGACACCAAAAAUCGCCUGCAACCGCCAAACCAACUCGAAGUCAGGACACCGCGCCUCGACGGACAUUCUUCAGUCCAGUCACAGUCGCGACUUUCCCGGAUCAACGUACCCGAGUUUUCUGGUCGACGUGAGGACUGGGAGUCCUUUCGUGACCUUUUCAAGGCCCUGAUACAUCGUGACGGCAGUCUGAGCAACGUUGAGAAACUUUAUUACCUGAAGUCUCUUGUCAAAGGCGAGGCUCAAUCGGCUUUGAACUCUCUACAACUUACGAGUGACAGCUACGAUACUGCAUGGAAUUUGUUGGAGGUUCGGUAUGAGAAUCGGCGGCUACUUGUGCAGGAGCACUUGAGCGCACUUCGCGGCUUAAAACCAAUUCGCGAGGACUCUCUGAAGGCGAUGCAGCACCUUAUCGACACUCUGAGGCGCCACCGGGAUCAGCUCCUCACGCUCAACUGUCCAGUUGACACCUGGGACGACUGGUUUGUCAACAUUGCGGCGUCGUGUAUGGAUAACUUCACUAGACGAGCCUGGGAGGCCGAGCUCGAGCGGCUGGACAUCGCUGAUGGAACCAUGACGAAACGAGGCGACAACUUGGCCUCGUUUUCCACCCUUGAAGACUUUCUGCAGAGCAGAUGUCGCAUGGCAGUCGCGUGCUCGUCCAGUGCGCCACCACCGACCAAGGCUCAAUCAUCAAGCACUGGGGAGAGACAUGCCUGUUCAUACGCGACGAAUUAUGGCCAAUCUUCUUGCGCUCAGUGCCAAGGCGAGCAUUACCUUGGACGUUGUGAUGCGUUCGUCAUGCAGCCCGCCUUUGCCCAUCUGGAUCUACCUGCCAGAUCUGUCGCGCCUCUCAUCACACAGCAUUGCACGAUCGAAGUAGAAAGCGAGCUGCGUCACCAACGCGUGAGGAAUCGACCAGCAAGAUCAAGCGCACUGUCCUUGCAACACUGGAUGCCGAUAGCCGAAGCUUGCCGAAUUCAACUCAGCAGCGUUAAUCGCACGCCUGUGACGGUUCGAGCACUGCUAGACGCUUGCUCCGAGGUCUCCAUCAUCUCCACUAGGGUAGCAAAACAUUUGAUGGCACCACUCACGAUAAUAAACGUGACAGUUGGGGUUGUUGGCGGUGGAAUCGCCGGUAACGCUCGUAAGACUGCUGCUCUGCUCUUGCACUUACCAGAGCACGAGGCUCCGAUUGAGUUCACGGCCCUUUGUCUGAGCCACCUCGGAAUUAGAACGCCGGCACACCAGUUGAUUCACGAUGACCAGACGCCAUGGGUCGGUGAGACUUUGGCCGACCCACUAUUUGAUAAACCUGGCACAGUCGAGCUGCUUCUUGGAGGAGAUAUCGUACCUCGUUUACUUAAACCUGGACUCGUCCACCACGAUGCGUUAGUGGCUGAAAAUACCAGCCUUGGCUGGAUGAUUUGGGGUCGUCAAGGAGUCAACCCUCAACGAGCUUCUCCUCACUGUUAUCUCACAACACUUGACGAGAAUCUUCCUGCUUGGCACCAUCAGCUCAACGCAAUGCUCCAAAGAUUCUGGGAGCUCGAAGACGUCCCACCUGUGCACCGAGAAAGGCCGUCUGACGCGUGGUGUGAGAAAAUAUUUUCGGAGCACCGACGUGACUCCUCUGGGCGCUACAUCGUACGAUUGCCAUUGCAACCUGAUGCUGCUGACAAGCUUGGCUCAAGUGAGAACGUGGCUAAAGCUUCGCUCGCGUGUCUGCACCGACGCAUGGACGCCAAUGAACAAUUCGCUUCGGAGUAUCGAGCAUUCAUAAAAGUUUACGAAGAGAUGGGACACAUGAGAAAAUUGUCGACCGCCGAACUGACUGACCCAGGCCCACGCUCCUGUUACAUCCCGCACCAUGGAAUAUGGCAAUUGAGUGACCGCGGCCGCAGACUGAGAGUGGUUUUUGAUGCUUCUCGACCCACAUCAACGGGUUCCAGUCUGAACGAUGUGCUAUGUGCCGGCCCGAAACUGCAACGGACUCUCUGGGCUGUAUUGCUGCGUUGGCGAACUCAUCGCAUCGCCUUCUGCACAGACGUACAAAUGAUGUUCCGGCAAAUCUUGAUUGACGAACAGGACGUGAAUCUGCAACGCAUCGUUUGGAGUCCAAGCAGAGACCACCCGCCCGAGCAUUAUCAGUUACGGACUGUGACGUACGGCACUGCUUGUGCUCCGUAUUUGUCGCUUCGCACGUUGCAGCAACUCUGCUCUGAUGAAGGCUCUCGUUUCCCGGAGGCAGCGAAUGCGCUCACCAAGGAUAGAUACGUUGACGACAUCUUGUCAGGCGCGCACGAGCUGAAAGCCGCAUUAUCGUUGAGAGAUCAAUUGAUCAACCUCAUGAAGGCGGGCGGCUUUCCCCUUCGCAAGUGGGUCUUAAACCAUCCUCAGCUGCUCGACGGUUUGGAUUCGGCGGAGCUCCUUCGACCGACGCUUAUUACUUUCUCUCAAGAAGACCCCGUGAAGGAACUCGGGGUGUCCUGGAGUCCACAGGAUGACAUGCUCAGCCUCAAUGUGCGCUCCAGUGAUGAUCAGCUUCUCACCAAGAGAAGGGUGCUGGCGGAGUUGGCUUCAGUGUUCGACCCUUGCGGCUGGGCCGCUCCUAUCACCCUCACUGCCAAAAUGCUAGUCCAGGACUUGUGGCGUGCCAAACUAGCAUGGGACGAGAAGUUACCGGACUCGAUGUCGCGACGCUGGCUGUCGGUGAGAGCUAAUUUCUCAGCCUUCGCCAGGAUGUCUAUUCCUCGAUGGAUCGGGUCAGGAUUGGCGGGUACCAAGCUCACGAUCCACGUGUUUGUCGAUGCGAGUCGUCGUGCUAUGGCAGCAGUGGCAUACUCGAGGGCUGAGGACGAGAGCGGAAAAUCCAUCGUUAGGUUGCUCCUUGCCAAGACUAAAUUAAGCCCCAUACGAAGCCUGCGUCCGCCCUUGUCUCAAACGCCAAGGAUGACCAUCCCGAGACUGGAGCUUCGAGCUGCAUUAAUCGCUGCCAGACUGCUGAGAUCCAUCUGCGACGAGUUGGGCGUCGAUGUAAUUUCCUGUACAGCGUGGUCAGAUUCGUUGAUAGCGCUCCAUUGGAUACGCUCGACUGAGCCGACUGGAAAUUCACUCGUCGACAACUACGUACACCAAGUUCAAGAACUUGUCCCACUCAGCGUUUGGCGCCAUGUUCCCACUGCUGAGAACCCUGCAGACGUCGCAUCACGAGGGAGCGAUGCCGAGGGGCUACUUUCUCAAAGCAUAUGGAUCAACGGGCCAGAGUGGCUGUCGGGAUCAACAGCAAGGUGGCCAACACUCCCAAGCAGCGACGCGACUCCACCAGCGGAACAGCGGACAGCUUGCCUUGCGACACAAGCUGCAGACCAGGUAGACAACGAUCACAUAGCAAGAUUCUCUGAUCUCUACCGAUUGCUGCGUUAUCUGGUCCGACUGCGUCGAUGGAUCCGCUUCCGUCUAGGCCGUGAACCUACCAACAGAGUCCUGCAGCCUAUGACUCGAACAGAACUCGACAUCGCCUUUGAUGCGUGCAUACGGUAUAGCCAACAGCGAGCCUUCCACGAGGAAAUUGCCGCGCUCGCCAGAGACAAGCCGGUCCCCUCUCGAGGAUCUCUAGCAUCGCUUGAUCCUUUUCUUUGCGAUCAAGGCAUACUACGGGUCGGCGGUCGGCUGCAUUCAUCGGGCCUGCCGUUCAACAAGAGACAUCCACCGAUCUUGGACGCGCAGAGCUCGAUCGCAGGACUCAUUGUCCGUUGGGCUCACACCGUGACACUACACGGGGGCUUCCGAGUCACUUACAAGCAAGUGCUUCAGAGAGCGUGGAUUAUUCACGGCAGGCGACUGAUCAAUAAGCACAUAAGGGGCUGCGUCGUCUGCGUCACCAGCAAGGCUCGAACUAUGACGCAAAUCAUGGCACCUUUUCCAGCUGCCCGGGUCACUCCAACGAGCCGCGUUUUCUUGCGUACCGGGCUGGACUAUGCCGGGCCAUUCGGGAUCGCACCGAUCAAAGGUCGAGGCAACCGCACCGUGAAAGCUUGGGUCGCUGUAUUCGUGUGUUUGACGUCCAAGGCAGUCCACCUUGAGCUUGUGGGGGAUCUAACCACCGGAAGUCUGCUGGGAGCGUUGACGAGAUUCACUGGACGUCGCGGACCAAUAAUGGAGAUCUGGAGCGACAACGCCACAAAUUUCCACCGGGCCAGUUUAGAAUUACGGCGCGAGCUGCAGCGAGCGAAUCUGCGGUGGGACAGAGUCGAAAGCACGAUGGCUGAAAAGGGAGUUACGUGGAAAUUCAUACCGCCUAGUGCCCCGCAUUUCGGCGGUGUCUGGAAGGCUGCAGUGAAAUCAUUCAAGACACACCUCAAGCGCACAGUAGGCCCCCGACGACUGACGUACGAAGAACUGUCGACGUUGCUGGUGAGCAUUGAAGCUGUAUUGAACAGCAGGCCUCUCGGGCCGAUUACCAAUGGCCCCGAAGACUUGGUAGUCCUCACCCCCAGCCAUGCUAUAACGGGCGAGCCUCUGAUCGCGAUACCUGAAGCUGAUUUGGACCCAGAACUCAACGUUGACCUCCUGCAUCAUUGGAAGCUCGUCCAAGCUCUGCGAGCAGUGUUUUGGAACCGCUGGGGCAAGGAAUACCUCAAUACGCUCCAGCAGCGAGUCAAAUGGAGACGCCGACAAGAAAACCUGAGCGUUGGUGACUGCGUGGUGAUCGUCGACCCAUCUUUGAUGACGGCAACUGGUCGAUGGCCGUUGGGCCGAGUCACCAAGGUAUAUCUGGGUCAAGACGGCAUGGUUCGAGUGGCAGACGUAAGAACGGCUCGCGGAAUGUACACGCGACCCAUCGUCAAACUAGUCUCUCUUCCUGUGAAGGAGUACGUCCCUCCAGCAGAUGAUGGACCUGCGAGCAUUGCCUAG